CAAACUUCUGAGUGAAUCUGAUGUCAAGUUGAGUCGCGAGUCUUUACACUUCACAAAUAUCAAACACAGACAGCGGUUCUUCCCUAAGUUGCUGGAGUGGCGGUCACACCAUCUAAAAUGGAUUAAAUCAUGCUGAUGGAGGAACAGGGCAGCUCUGAGGAUGGCUCUAGAGAGAAAGGUGUGCUCUACAGAUGGCAGGGCUAUUUCUGCAGUGUGAGCCCAGAGAAGCUGCUCCUGUCCAGGCCAGUGCUCCAUGCUGCACUGGGGUCUUUACAUGGACUUCUGCUGACAGAAGGUGGCCAAGUAUAUAGUUUCGGUGAGCAGCCGUGGAAGCAAGUCGAACCUCCGCCUGCUGGUCUUGUUUUAGAGAGCACCCUAAGUGGUCAGCAUGUGAUCUCUGUGUCUGCGGGCAGCUAUCACUGCUCUGCUGUAACAGAGGAUGGCCUGGUCCUCAUGUGGGGCGAGAACUCGUACGGCCAGUGUGGCGUCUCUGGAACAGAGCGGGUCCCCAGUCCCACUCCCGUUACUGUGGUGGAUGAUGAAACUCGCCCUCCACAACUGGUCCGAGUCCUAAAUGUGGCCUGCGGAGCACAGCAUACUCUGGCUCUGUCAAACAAGCAUGAGGUGUGGGCCUGGGGCAGCGGUUGCCAGCUAGGACUGGUCACCAAUGUAUUCCCAGUCUGGAAACCCCAAAAGGUGGAGCAUCUUUUGGGAAGAUAUGUAGUUCAGAUUGCUUGUGGUGCCUUUCACAGCCUUGCUUUGGUUCAGUUUCUUCCUUCCCCAGAUGCCAGCCAGCAAGCUCACGAUAAAUGUGGGCAGUGUAAUCAGAUCCGUUACACCAUGACUGACAAGGAAGACCAUGUUGUUAUUUCCGAUGAGCAUUACUGCCCGCUUGGAGUGGAACUGGCGGAAUCUAAAGAAGGUCGAAAGUCAGGACAGAGUUCUCCAGCUCAAACACCACAGAGCAAAAACCCAUCACCAAUUUACCAAGUAUCACCCCUAACCUCGAAGAACAUCUUUCCACUUUCUUCUCAGAAAAAUACCACAAACCAGGAGACGCAACCAGACCCUGCUCUAUCUGAGACUGGAUCUGCAUGUCUUCAGCGAUCCAAAAGCACUCCCUACCCUGAUGAGCAGGCUCUGAAAGACUACCUCAAAAAGAUUUCAGACCAGACUCUUGCUGAGCAGGCCACAUCAGCAGGAGGUUCCCAUCCUCCGAGCCGUCAGUCAUCACUAACAUGUCCUUUCCGAUCAGAGCAGAGCGAUGAACUUGCACUAUGCCCCUCUUCACCAGCACUGAGCAGGACUGACAGCAUCACAUCUUCUGCCAGAAAACACAUGAGUGCAUCGGAUUCUGUUACAGAGCAGAAAAACUCUGUGCAUUUAAUACCAACUCUGGACUCCACUUCUGAUGAUUCUUCACAGCACUCCAGUGUGGAUGGAGGCAUUUAUCUCAGUGACCUCGUGAUUAGCAAUGGGUGUUUGUUUGAGUCCUGUGAGGAGGGUGGAGAUACUGCCGGGAUUGACUUCUGUCCAGCUGAUCCGCUUCAAAGCAAGAAAAGCAUCAGUCUGACGGAUGUUACCUUGGAGGACACUGAUCGCAAUAGCUUCUCUCCAGUGUCACCUUCUGACCCUCACCGAACCAGCAAUUUAAGAGCAGUGCGGGCUUCUACCUCAGAGUCCAGAAAUCUCCUUCCUUCCCUCUUCACGGAGGUGUGGAGUUGGGGAAAAGGUCAUGAAGGUCAGCUUGGCCAUGGAGACUAUUUGCCCAGGCUACAGCCUCUCUGCAUCAAGAGCUUAAGCAAAAAGGAAGUUGUCAAGAUCACAGCUGGAGCAAAUCACUCCUUGGCGCUGACAGCUCAAUGUCAGGUUUAUUCAUGGGGAAGUGAUAAAUUUGGCCAGCUGGGUCGUAUGAAUUCUCCCAGCACAGUUCCUAAUCUCACCACGGUGUCAGAUGGUAUUCGUGUGUGGGACGUGGCAGCAGGACAAACGCACACUUUGCUACUGGCUGAUGGAGACUGUUAUCAGCCCAUACUGUACUACAGUGGAGAGCAGGUGCUGGAGGACGUAGACAGCGGGACCUGCACUCAGACACCCACCCUUCUGCCCUUCUGCAUGAAUAUUGGCUAUGUGAGCCAGGUUUUUGGCGGAGGACUGAAUUGUUUGGCCUUGGCCGAUCAGAAUGCGAUGGGUUUUAUAUCAACAAUCCACGAGCUUGCAUCAGCAGAGAGGAAAUUCUACUGCAGCCUCAGUAAACUGAAGAGCCAGAUCCUGAGCCCUCUGUUAGCCCGUGCAAGUCUGGCCUUGUCUCUGGGUGAGUCGUCCAUGUUGCUUUUUCAAGAAAUGGCUGGUAGUUUCAGCAAGCUUUGCCAUCUGACAGGGCAACACUCGGUGUCCCUCACCAACUUCCUGCAGCAGGGCAAAGUGAUCGAAACGCUGGUCUUGAUCAAACACACAGCCAUUUUUAUGGACACCUAUAAAGAGUACAGUGGUCCGGUUGGAAACUUUCUUGUUAUGGGAGGCUUCCAGUCAUUGCUGAAACCCUCACAAGAAUGCUUUGGGAAGAAACUGGAGUUGAUACAGACUCUACUAGAAUCCAAGGAGAAGAACCCAUCGCUUUACGAUCUGGUAGUGAACUUGUUUUACAUGCCCUUGCAGCACUUGAAUGGGUAUAACAGAUUACUUCUGAAGCUAGCCAACUGUUUUGAAGUGAACACUGAGGAAUACCAGCGGAUUCAAAAUGGCUGCUCCAAAUAUGAGGUUUUAUCUCGCCUUGUCAGCAAGCAGAGAAAAGAUGCUGAGGCCACUUUCAAUUUCUGGAAGAACUUCAAAGGAAAGAAUUUGGAAGCCCUACGUAAGCCAUCCCGACGUCUGGUUUGUGAGAGCAGUAAUAAAGGCCUGACAUUACAGAACGCUGGAAGAUUUUCAGCCAGCUGGUUCAUUCUCUUCAAUGACGUGCUGGUUCAUGCACAGGGAAGCAUUCCUUCAAAGAAGCUUUUCUCAUCUCAUUAUGUCUAUCCACUUGCUACACUCUGGGUGGAGCCCAUCUCAGAUGAAAGCACGGGACUACUUGGCCUUAAGCUGACCACACCUGAAGAUAGCUUUGUUGUGCUGGCAACUUCCCCUCUGGAAAAGGGCAAGUGGCUGAGAGCCAUUAACCAGGCCAUUGAUGAAGUACUGGUGUCAGGCAUGAAUGGGAGGACGCGUGUUUCUAGAACCAGCCAGAAAGGUGAACCUCCUGUGUCCCGUACCUCCAACUACAACUUCAUCAAAGAGGGCCGACUCAAAGAUGCCAAAUAUGAAGGCCGCUGGCUGUCAGGCAAACCUCACGGCAAAGGGAAUUUGAAGUGGCCUGAUGGGACAAUGUACUGUGGCACAUUCAAGGGUGGACUGGAAGAUGGAUUUGGAGAUUUUAUGACGCCCAGUACCACCUUCAACAAGUUUGAGCGUUACCAAGGUCACUGGAAGGAAGGAAAAAUGCAUGGCUUUGGCACCUUCUGGUAUGCUUCAGGUGAAGUCUAUGAGGGCUCUUUCAGAGAGAACAUGCGUCAUGGUCACGGCAUGUUACGCAGUGGGAAAGUGGCCUCUCCCUCGUCCAGUAGUGUGUUUGUGGGCCAGUGGGUUCAAGGGAAGAGAACAGGCUAUGGGGUGUGUGAUGACUUCAGCAGAGGAGAGAAGUACAUGGGGAUAUGGCAUGAUGACCAGCGUCACGGUGAUGGGGUUGUUAUCACACAAUUUGGAUUGUACUAUGAAGGAAUCUUCUGUAAUAACAGAAUGAUGGGCAAUGGGACUCUUCUUUGUGAUGACGACACAGUCUUUGAGGGUGACUUUCAGGAUGACUGGACUCUGUGUGGAAAGGGAAUUCUAUUCAUGCCGAACGGAGACUCUUUUGAUGGUGUCUUUGAUGGUCACUGGGGUUCUGGACUGAGAGUCGCUGGAACUUUUACGAAACCCUUUGAAAUGGCAAGGAGAGAUAUCAAGAUGCCUGUGGCCGGUCAACAUGCAGUUCCUGCAGAAGAAAAGUGGAAAGCUGUGUUUGAGGAGUGCUGGGCUCGACUGGGCUGUGAAACCCCUGCUCAAGGAGCAUUAGAGAAAGCCUGGGAGAACAUCGCCAUCUCCCUCACUGCCAAACGCAGACAACAGAGAGAUCGUUCAGAAGAGCUGAGCCGAUCUCAAACUAAGAUGCUGGAGUGUCUUGAGGUGAUUCCUCAACAUGAGGGCCCUGUUACUGCAAAUUCCUACAACAACAUCCGACGGUAUCUGGUAAAGGCUUGUGAUACCCCUCUGCACCCUCUGGGCUGGCUUCUGGAGACCCUUGUCACCGUGUAUAGGAUGACUUAUGUUGGAGUGGGCUCUAGCAGACGCCUCCUGCAGCAAGCAGUGGAGGAGAUCCAGUCAUACCUAACACGCAUUUUCCACAUAGUCAGGUUUCUGUUUCCUGGUCUCCCUGAGGAUGGAGGUUUUAUUGUGGACUCGUCUUGUUCCUCAGAUGAGGGCACAGACUCUCUGAACAGCAGUACUCAUUCAGAAGCUCCACAGCAGGGUUGGACAGUGAGCAGCUCAAGUCUCCUCCUGCCGGUGCUGCUGCCGAGGCUUUACCCUCCGCUCUUCACCCUCUACACUUUAGAGAAAGAGAGAGAGGAGGAUCUGUACUGGAACUGUGUGUUAAGACUCAACAAACAGCCUGAUCUCGCCCUUCUAGCAUUCCUUGGGGUGCAACAAAAAUUUUGGCCGGGUUCUAUCUCUGUAUUGGGAGAAAUAAAGAAGGUUCUGCCUAGUACUAAAGACGCCUGCUUUUCCACUGCUGUUGAAACCCUGCAACAGAUCAGCACAGCAUUCACUCCUUCAGACAAGUUGCAGGUGAUACAGCUGACUUUUGAGGAGGUCACCCUGGACGUGCAGGCUAUUCUUGGCCGGGACUUUCUGUGGAGCAUGGACGACCUCUUUCCAAUCUUCCUCUAUGUGGUGCUGCGUGCACGGAUCAGAAACCUGGGCUCUGAAGUGAGUCUGAUAGAGGACCUCACAGACAGCAAUCUACAGCUGGGACAACUGGGAUUCAUGCUGACAACUCUCAAAGCCUGUUACAACCAGAUUCAGCUUGAGAAGACUACAUAGGAGGGUCGGUUUGUGAGUCCAGCUGCAGCUUUGCCAACUCGCGCACGGUCUUAUGGAGCAGGUGCCAUUCACAGUAAAUAGACACGGAUUACAGGUCAAGUCAAGAUGUGCUUGUUUAUUUCAGGUCUCAACAACCGGCUCACAUUCUACUCACCAUUACAACAUUUGUAUACCUUUUCAUACUGACCUUUUGACUGAGUGACUACUAAUUUACAUUUCAACACCCAUAACUUGACUUAAAAGACACUUUUAUUUCAAUAACAUCAGUAUACAAAUAGAAUUAUUCAAGCACUCAGUAUGUGUAAAGUUUUAAUAUUAACUGACACUUGAGAUUAUUCACAACCUUUGGGUAAAGUCUGUUACUGGCUCACUGUAUGUACUGAUGAUGGCGCUCUGAUUUUAAUGUAAUCAUAUUGUAAAAAAUCUGCAUAAGUGUAUCGUAGUAGUAAAAAAAUAUGAGGGGUCUUCACUAUAGGAUUUCAGAGUGAUUGUAAGCUUGAACAAAAAUGCAUUUAUGUUGUAAACAACUGAUAAAACUAAAAAACAUUUAUUCAUAUUAAGAAACAAGCAAUGAACAGCAGCAUUUCAAAAAUAUUGCUGUAAACAAGCACAUUUAUAAACGACUGUCAAAAAUCUUGGCUUCAGUUAGAUUUUCUUUCUGUUUUUGAAUUAAGUUCGCUGUGGCCAGCAUUUCCACAUUAAUAAUAGUGUGGAAUGUUACUGUACUUUGAAGUAAGUGUUUUCUACUUCAAUAUAUUUUACCAUGUCAUUUAUUCUUGUGAUGAAAAGAUGAUUUUUUUAGCAUCAUUACUCCAGUCUUUAGUCACAUGAUCAACAGAUAUUAUUCUAACAUUAUGAUGUGCUGCUCAAUAAGCAUGAUUUAUUGUUCUCUGUAUUUUUGUGGAAACCGUGAUACAUCUGUUCAAGAUUCUUUGAUAAACAGUUAUAAACAACCGCAUUUAUUGUAACAUUAUACAUUUAUUUAAUAUAUUUAAUGCGACUUAAGAAAGGAAGGACAGUGCCAUCAUAUUUGGAAAAAAAUAUCACUUGUUACUGUAAAAUCUUGCUGAAAACAAAGUUUUGCAGAUGAAAUGCAGAUGAGUGAUUGGCAUUGCUGCAUUUAACUUGCUAUCAGUCCUCAAAGUUUUUGCGCAUUACAGAGGGCUGCAGUGUUUUUUGAAUACAUUUGAAGUCUGAUGAUGGACGUAUUAUAAACUAAAGAGAUCUUAAUAUUUUUGAAGCACCUAAAGUUUGACUUGCAGUGGUGAACAAAUAAUGUAGUUCGAUAUUGAAAUCAGAUUAUGUUGUGAGUUAUUUUAUGUUUAUGAGUUUCCAUUUCAGCGUGUGACAUGAUGCUGACAUGAAACACUAUGAAAAUCCAUGUAGUUGUUAUUAGAUCAUCUGCUCUCAUGAAACUGUAUCCAAGUGGAUUUUUAUUUUAGAGCUAAUACACUGGAGACUAAAGUAAUCUUUUCUAUGCAUUUUGCCCAUGUCUAGAAACAUGGCGUUAAACACUAUGCACAAAGGGAAUAGGAUUUUUAAAUGGAAGGGCUCCUUAAGGACCUCAGCGUAUUUCCACUGGCAAACCUUAGCAAUAAGCUUUACAAUUUGAUUGUUUCAUGAGUGAAUUUAGUUGUGCUGUGUGUGUGAGAGAGAGAUUUAAAUUAAUUUAAUUUUAAGUUGAACAAACACUGAAAGAGUUUUGCUGAUGUCACACAGAUUUGUUGUGUUAUCUGUAGGGAUGGACUGAUUUGAGAUUUAAUGACUGAUUUUAUAGAGGAAAUUUAUAGAAAAUUAAGAAAUUUUUAGAGGAUUGUGUGUCAGAAGUAUAUAUAAUAUUAUAUAAUAAACAUUUAUUUUAUGUACAGUUGAAGUCAGAAUUAUUAGCCCCCCUUUGAAUUUGUUUUUCUUUUUCAAAUAUUUCCCAAAUAAUGUUUAAGAGAGCAAGGAAAUUUUCACAGUAUGUCUGAUAAUAUUUUUUCUUCAGGAGAAAGUCUUAUUUGUUUUAUUUCGGCUAGAAUAAAAGCAGUUUUAA